AUGAUCAGAUUCGUUUGCGCGUGUCGCUUCAAAAAAAGCAGCGUUUUCGUAACCAGUAUGCGACUCUUAAAACGUAUUAAAGUUAGUUCAUUAAAGGAUGGGGUUAUCAAAAAAAGCAUUCGAGAGGCACAGGGGAAGGUGACUGUAGAUGAUGCCUUGCAGCACUUCACCAAAUCGGAACUUUUUUUUCUUUUCUUCGUUCCGUUUACUUUUGUUUCUGCUUAUAUCGUCGCCAUGUGGACCCUUUUCAAGUAUAUCUGUGAUAUUAGGGAUAUUGAACACUUCAUCAGGACGGCGCGCUGGCUGAAUGGGAAAGAGCCCUACCCCUUUGAGUACCUGCGAGCGGAGCGCAGAGCGAGGAGCCUCGAGGGGAGCUCCACGACGUUGAGGGACUGGACAAACCGGAGGAGCGGGAUGAUCUGCAUCCUCUCCAAGUGGAGGCAGUUAACCUUGUAG